CAUCUGUGUGUUAUGUGUUCGUGUCAGUUAUAUACGAUGCGGUGUCUCGUUGUUUUGUAAUGGUGGAAUUUAACUUAUGCUACACUUUCUUUUUAAAUAGGCUACAGUAUAAAACGGGAAGGUUAUAGCGAGUGAGGCUGAGUUACACAUAAUAAUAUACCGGCAAAUUCUUUCAAGCGCCAGACAGUUGUACAAUCAAGCUUUCAUUCGUUUAGCAAGUUUUCCCAAUUUAAUUUCCCAUUUAAUUCUUCGUCUCAGUUUGAAUUUAUGGCAAUAUUUGUCUUAUUUCGUGUGAAAUAGCGACCCGUUUCUUGUUUACGAAACCCAGCGACUAUAACGCUUUACUUGCGUUUUAAACAUUUGUAAUAAUGGGAGUUGGAGCCGAGAACAGAACCCCGAGCACAUCUAGUAAUUUUGCAUUGCACGUUGGAGAGGGAAAAGAGGAGGCAGAGCUUGACCAGCUGACACCCGGCAACGCUGAAGCCAUGCAGCUGGCGAAGGUUGAUCAUCAGACGGCGGAACCGAGAGAGACGUGGGGUCGGCGCCUGGAGUUUGUGCUCGCCUCCAUCGGUUAUGCGGUCGGUCUGGGAAACGUGUGGCGCUUUCCGUACCUGUGUUACAGGAGCGGAGGAGGUGCUUUCUUGAUUCCCUACUUUAUCAUGUUGUUACUCUGUGGCAUCCCCCUUCUCUUCAUGGAGUUCACCAUUGGGCAGUACACUCGACUGGGGCCAGUCCACGCUCUAGCUAAAAUAUGUCCCCUCUUCAAAGGUGUGGGACUUGCCACAGUGGUAAUUUCUUACGUGCUCUGCACCUACUACAAUGUGCUCAUGACCUGGGCCCUUUACUACCUGUUUAACUCCUUCAGCCCUUCAUUGCCAUGGCAAUCCUGCAACAACACAUGGAACGCAGUUAACAACUGUUCCACUGGUUUCCCGGGUAAUGCCACACAUCUGCAAUCAGCGAGUCAACAGUUCUUCGAUCAUAAGGUACUAGACAUGACAACGGGGAUUGAGCACGCUGGAGGGAUUCGUUGGGAGCUGUUUGGCCUUCUGGUGCUGGCCUGGGCCAUUGUUUAUUUCUGCAUCUUUAAAGGAGUCAAAUCUACCGGAAAGGUUGUGUACUUCACUGCUACGUUCCCUUAUUUCAUACUGUUUGCAUUGCUGAUCAAUAAUGUCCAGCUGCCUGGAGCUAAAGAUGGCAUCCUCUUCUUCCUCAUGCCAAACUGGAGCAAGCUCUUGGAAGUCCAGGUUUGGGUCAAUGCUGCUGCUCAAAUCUUUAACUCCAUUGGAAUCUCCUUUGGUUCUAUGAUAUCUAUGGCCAGUUACAAUAAGUACAACAACAACAUUCUCAGGGACACAUUUAUCGUCACCCUGGCUAAUUCAGCCACCAGUAUCCUGGCUGGCUUUGUCAUUUUCUCUGCCAUCGGGUACAUGGCCCACAUUCACAACCUGCCUGUGGAUGACAUUGCAACAGAUGGCCCCGGUCUGGUGUUUGUGGUUUAUCCUGAGGUCUUCUCCACUAUGCCCAUCUCUCAGCUUUGGGCUCCUCUAUUUUUCAUCAUGCUGCUCUGCCUCGGACUGGACAGUCAGUUUGCCAUGGUGGAAGUGGCUGUAACAUUCAUCAUGGAUGGUUUUGGCAAGAAAGCUUUGCGAGUUUUUAAGAGGAAGGAGCUGAUUGUACUGGCAGUGUGCAGUUUUGGCUUUCUGCUGGGGAUUCCUCACAUUACCAGGGGUGGGAUCUAUGUGUUUCAGCUGAUGGAUCACUACACAGCAGUGGUAUCGCUGAUGUUUCUGGCCUUCUUCGAGGUGCUCGCUGUAACUGUUAUAUUUGGAGUAAAACGACUCAGUGUAAUGGUGGAGAAAAUGUUGGGAAAAAAACCAAAUUUGUUCUUCCGUGUGUGCUGGCAGUUCCUGUCACCCAUGCUUGUACUGGGUAUUCUGAUCUCCAGUAUUUUUCAGUAUACUCCAGCUCGAUACGGUAAGUCGUACACAUACCCGCUGUGGGCAGAGGUGAUGGGCUGGUUCAUCUCUCUUGUCUCCAUCAUCUGGAUCCCACUGGGGGCUCUACACGAGCUCUGGACCACUAAAGGAUCUCUGCUGCAGAGGUUGAAAAUAUCCUUAACUCCGACUGUAGAUCUGGAGUCUGUCUCUGAGAAACCGUCUGCGGAGUCCAUUGCAUUGUUUACUACUUCUUAGACACCUGCAAGUGUGUGUAUUCUUAAAUGUGUUUACUCAUUAGAGAUAGAGAGUAGCUCAGCUUUAACUGUAAAAAUAUUUGACAUAUUAAGCAUUUAUUUUCUGUUUAAUGUAUUUGAGAUUUAUGCUGAAAAGUGCAAACUAUCAUAAUGGUCUCAGAAUUACAACAUGGCAUUAACUGUAAGGAAAUACAAAUGUUUUUUAUUUUUUAUUAUACAUGUUUCAUUAUUUGAUCUCUUAAUUAAGAGGGCUGUUAAACAGCUUAAUAAUGUAAAAAAGAGAACUUUUUAAUGUCAGAUUUAGAGCUUGAAUGCAUGUUUUUUUUAAUCUAAAAUAUAUCUGACAAUGUAAUGAGAGAGAGAGAGAGAGAUGGCAAGAUGUGGUUGACUUAAGUCUACUUAAGUCUACAUAUAAUGUAUCUUUUGAUACACUUAAUUAAAAAAACAAAAAACAGAAAUUAUGUUUAUGUUGUUAGGGAAAAAUUACUUGAUUUGAAAAACAUAAUUUUAAAAUAUGUUUGGUGCCACUGCACCGACAAAACGCCUUCACAGAACAAGAAUGUUUCUCAAAUGUCAACAUCACCUUGUGGAUACAACAAUAUGCAUUCUCACAGGCUGUAGCACAUUCAGAUUCAGUAGAUUAUAGAAAAGAGAGAAAUACAGAAAAGCUGCUUUCUGAGUGCCGCUGAUACCGUUAUUUGUGUUCACAGAGGACCAAGGUGACAUAUACUAGUGUAAAUUAACUGAAAAUCACCUUUAGGACUGACCAAUUUUUACUUUUGUCGCUUUUACCCUUACUUAGCAGCUUGGACAGUUACUAUGGCACAUAUUAAAGCAUAUUCAAAUGUUUAAGUGGCAAAAACAACAACAUCAUUACAUUUGCCAAACAUUCCUAAUUUUGUGGAAAAUUAGAGAAAAAGUUAAAAGUUGAAAGUAAAGUAUAUGGCCUUAAGAGUAAGCAGAGAUUUGACUGAAAUCAAUGUUUACAUUUACAACAGCUUCUUUAAUAUAUGUCUUUAAUUUGAGAUUAUGCAAUUUUUUUUUAUUUUUUUUUUUUUCAGAAAGAAAUAGCCAAAAUUGAUAUCAAAAUGUUUGCUGACACCAAAAUGAGAGAAGCACAUAUUUAUUUAGAAUUUCUUUGGCAUAGUAGUAUUAAAUUAGAAAUAGAAAAGUUAUACUGACGUAAUUACAAAAGAGCAGAUUACAGAUAAAUCACUGAAAAUGGACAAUUUGGAAUUAUUCAACAAGACUACAUGUUUUAACACACAAACAAUUACAACCUAUUUGUAUCUAUUUAUUUUUUAUUUUUUAUUAUUAUGUCAUACAAUCACAGCUGUUGAGCUGAAGUCUGUCCUUCUGACUUAAAAAAAAACAUUGCUGUUCUUUUUGUUAUUUUGCUAUAAGACCAUAGAGUCAUUUUUGUAUUCAUAUUGUCAUGUUUUAUCUUUUUUGUGUGUGUUAUCUGUUUGAAUGAAUACUUUUUUAUUUAAAUAUAAUUUUCAUUAGUUGUUUGCUAAGAACAAAAUAUAGUACGAUCAUUUAUAUUCAUACAGUUUAGCUUUGCCUUGUUUAAUCAUUUCUGUUGUGUAUUUUCUGAUUAUCUAUGAAGUUGAGAUAAAGCCUUUUUAUAUUUAAAAUGUUUUUGUCGUGACAGGCAGUUUUCUAAGCAAUAAGUGGUCUCAUUGAAAUAAAAGCCAUUGUUUUGUCAUUUGCUGAUUUAUGUA